AUGUUUAUACGUACUGCUCUGAUACACCUUACGGUGAUACUCAACGCAGUUGUAUCAGCAGAGGAAGACCAACCUGCAGGGUUCCCUGCUCCAUUAACUGUGGACACAUUCAAGCCUAGGUUGAGCCAUGGAUUGCACCUGGUGGAGUUCUUUUCACCCUAUUGUGUCCAUUGUAAACAUUUGGCACCUGUUUGGGAGAAGACAUGGGAGGCAUUUCACGAAGAGGGUGAGAAUUUAGGAAUAGGGAUGGCCCAAGUUGACUGUGUUGCUAGUGGUGAUCUCUGUAAUGAGCACAAGAUCACUGGUUAUCCAUCACUGAAGUUAUACGGACCAGAUGGUUACAUCAAGGACUAUCCAAGAACAGCUAAGCGUAAGAAAGAGGCGUUCAUCAAGUUCAUGCGUGAUAGUGCUGCUAAACAUGGCGAUGCAAACUUCCAAGUGAAGUCCAAAUCAAAAUUGUUGUCAACAGACCAGAUGAUUGAACUGCUGGGAAAUGAACAUGAAAGCCCCUACUUGGUUUCGUUCUGGCCAAGUUACACCCUAGAGGACCUCGACAAGUACGAAAUUGACAAGUACGAUACGCCUUUUGAUGAGCUGUGCGUUGAUUUACAAAGAACAUGGGCUGUUGUUUCGAACCAAGUGGAGACACUUGGUUUCAAUGCAGGUCAUUUCAACUGUUUGAACAAUAGGAAGAUUUGUACUGGAUUGGGGUUUGAUUUGCAAAAGCCACAUGUUGCCAUCAUGUUACCAAACAUGCCAAUUGCCCAGUUUAUCAAGCUUGACGAAGAUAAAUUCGACUUUAGUGUCAAGGAUAUCAGGGAUUUUGCAGAAAGAACUUUACAAGCUGCGAAUCCACCUUACGUUGAUAUCACCAGCAUGGUUGAAAAGAUUCCAUCACGCUUACCAGGAUUGUUCGAUUUCCCCACUGAAGCCGAAACUAGUAUAGUGUACUACUACGACGACCUCACGACAACGCAGGAGGAUUGGGAUCUUUUGCCUUAUUUGAUAGAACCUCUAUCAAAACUACCAACUGUUCGCCUCUACAAGAGCAACGAUUCAAGGUUAAUGAACUUGGCUAGAGUUCAGAAGAAAGGUGUUUAUAAGCUGUUUGAAGAUAAGAAAGAUUUCACCAGGGCUGCACCUGAUGAUCCAUCUGAUGUUAUACCUGGAGAUGAUAGAAUUGAAUUUGAACUUGCUACCACUCUACCAACGCUCAUCGCAUUUCAGAAUGUCUUACAAAUGCCUAAAGUGUUCCAGAGCUUUGCACCAAGUGACAUAAGGGACCAGUAUAGGGUAAUUGACUGGAUCAAUGACCAAUCUGCUCCUCCAUAUAUGGAAUUCAACAGCGAUACAUAUAGGGCCUUUGUCAAUGGGCCAGAUCAUAAUGAAUAUUUUGCUCUUUUGCUGUUGGACCCAACCACGAAUGAUGACGCUAACCUUCAAUAUCAAAAAGAAUUUCUUGUGGGUGCUCAUGAAUAUACAACUUUGAAAGAUGAAGAUCGAUUCCAUAAAGUGGAGGCCGCGCGUAAGAAGAAGGAAGAAGCUUUGACAAAGCUGAAAGCCAACAAAGCCUCUGCUAGAAAGAUCAACGACGUGGAGGCAAGAGCAAUCCCUUAUGAACAAGGGGGUGAUCUCACCCUUGGCUGGCUCGACUUGAACAAGCACAAGGAGUUCAUCCAGACGAUUGGGUGCAACGUCAACGAGAUCGAACACGAAGCCGGAGAUGUCAUCAUAAUUGAUAUGAUCAGAGAGGUCUACUACGAAGAGGAUUCUCAUGGUGAGCCACUGAACGUCAGAGUAUCGAGAACGCCCUUGACACACACUCUGACUACUCUGCGUGGUCUUACAAAUGGUAAACUACGUGCCAUCAAACGCCAUUCUUUGUUUGGACCAAGCUUGAGAUGGGCAGAUAGCUUACUGGACACAAUCUUCAACAGAUGGACGGUAUUUUCAGUGAUUGUGUUGUUGGUUUUCAUCUUCAAGAGACCAAGAUGGAAACUGUUCCAUCUGCACUUUAGAAGAAAACUGAAAGAUAACCGUGGGAUCCUUGGGAUUCCGGAUGCGAAGAAGGAAUAA